CUAAACCGUCUCUCGCUCGUCUCGUGCUGUCGACAUUCGUUUUUGGUGCUUCUUGCGGACUACUUGAAUAACUUACUAUACCUCACUUAAUACUUACAACAACAACAACUUAAUCAGUCACGAUGCGUUUCACCGUUGUCCUGUCCGGCCUCUUUGCCGCCCUCGCUGCCGCCGCCGAGUCUGGCUCAGCCACUUCUGCUGCUCCGGCUUCUUCUGUCUCUCUCGACCCUGCCCAGCAGUCCCAGUACGCCUGUAUCCACGCCUGUGAUGCUGGUGAUGUCAACUGCCAGGCUCACUGCAUUGCUGUCCCCUCUCCCGACCAGUCUCAGGUCAACGCCACCACUGCCUGUGUUGCCAAGUGCCCUCAGGGUGACGGCACCCCUGCCCAGACCAACACCUACAAGCUGUGCAUCGAUAAGUGCAUCCAGGACCACUACUAUGUCACCUCUGAGGGCACUCCCUCCCAGACUGCCGCUGCUGGCGACCACGCUGCCAACACUGGCACUGACACUGCUGCUGCUCCUACCGGCUCCUCUGGCUCUGGCUCCUCCGGCUCCGGCUCUGAGGCCUCUGGCUCUGCUACUGGAACCAAGUCUGGCAGCGCUACCAAGACCGGAUCUGGCUCUGCCGCAACCACUACCAACGCUGCUCCCGCCAUCAUUGCCUCUGGUGCCUCCUUUGUUGGUGUCAUUGCUGCCCUUCUGGCUCUGUAAACUCUGAGAUAUCCCCUUGAUUUUCUGUUAUCUUUUUUCAGUUCGGUUGGAUUGGUUAAUGGAAGGGGUUUAAUUCGGGAUUCGGGGAUUUAAUGAAUUGGGGUUGUGUGUAUUUACAUCCAUGGGUGGAUAGGGUAAUAAAAAGUGUCUGUUGGGACAAAAG